AUGUCUACUUUUGGCGGAGUUACUGGCAAACUUUCAAUUUACGUAAUUACUUUUUCCAAUUUGUCAAUUUGUCCGUUGGCAGACGAAGUUUCAGCUUUAGUUUUAGAUGUUGGUUCGUGCUGGACUCGUGCCGGAUAUGCCGGUGAAGAUACUCCAAAAGCCGUCUUUCCUACUUCAUAUGGAUAUAUUCCAGAAACUGAAACUGAAGUUCCAAAUAUCGAUGAAGACACUAUUAUGAAGAAUGAAGACGGUGACGCGACAGGAGGCGAAAGUAGUAACAUCGCGUUCGCUGACAAUACCCUUAAUAAAAAGGAUAAAGGAAAGUACAUAAUAGGAGACGCGGAAGUAGCAGCAUGGAGACCCAACAUGGAAAUUAGGAAUCCUCUUGUUAACGUACAAGACUGGGACGCGCUGGAAAAAAUUUGGGAUCAUGCACUGUUUAAGAGACUGCAAGUUGAUCCAACAGAACAUCCACUGUUCGUAACAGAAGCAGCUUGGAACACCAGGGAAAUUAGAGAGAAACUUACUGAAAUCGCGUUUGAGAAAUACCAAGUGUUAGCUUUUUAUGUAGCAAAGAAUCCG